UAGUUUGUAGAUACAGAUGCAAGAUAUGUAGAUCAAGGCAAUCCGAUGCCUGCAUUACAGUGUUUGUAGUGCAGCCAAUUUGUAAUCCGUCAUGAAAAUAAUAUCAUCCAACUGCAAAUCUAGCAAAUCAUUUCUGACCAUCUAAAUCAAAACUGACAAGCCCUGCUAGGAGAACAUUAUUCACAGAAGCAACAAACAAGAGGAACUACAAACAUCCAUACCUAAAGUGCCAGUAUCUGUUGACAUAUUUGCCAGGCACCCCACAAAACUGUCCUUUAUUAAAGAAUGGUAUUUUUUUAUUUUUUAUAAAUAACUUCCAGCAUUGUGCGCUUUCUGCUGCAUAACAGAUCAAGUCUCUGCCUCUGCACAGCCUAUACGGUCAGCAGAAAGAGUACACAAAGCAGCACUGUUACGUAAUUCUGAGUCACACACACGGCGCCGCGCGUGCACGAAGGAAGCGCGUGCGACUCGGAGGAGGAAACAUGCGCAGUAGCGUCCUCGUCAGCAGCAUCAGGACCAAAAGGAUCCCAGCAGCAAACCUGCGAUGUGGGGCAGAGGAUGGUGCGUGUAAACACGGCGAAAGGAAUGGCAGUUUUGUUUUUCUUGGCGUAAGCCGACAUUUGACUCUGUUAAUCCAGUUUCAUCGAGUCCGAGGUCGGAUAGUCGGCAGCGGAAGGUUGCGUUUAGUCGCACUAAAGAAAACGCAGCGUCUCGGAGUGUGUUGACCACACAUGAAGAUUUCUCCUGAUGACGACGCUGUAAACCUGCCUCCGUUCCGCUCCGACUCGCUUCGGGAAGGAUUCCUCCACUGUCCAGCCACACAUAGCAAUGACAAUGACGAUGACGGGCUUUCUUGUGUGAUGGUCGCAGCUUUCUAGUGGGAUGCACAUCAGUGCUUGGCCGUACUCGCUCUCCGUCGUAAUGGCAGCUCUGUACCAGGGCACGGACACCUCCUCCCCCGACAAAUUCCUGGCCUUGAAAGACGUGAGAGAAGUAAAAGAGGAGACGACGCUGGACGAGAAGCUCUUCCUGCUGGCAUGCGAGAAAGGUGACUAUUACAUGGUGAAGAAGCUGCUGGAGGAGAACCGCCACGGGGAGCUCAACGUCAACUGUGUGGAUGUGCUGGGCCGGGACGCGGUGACCAUCGCCAUCGAGAACGAAAACCUGGACAUCCUGCAGCUUCUGCUCGAGUACGGCUGCCAGGCCACAGAUGCCUUGCUGGUGGCCAUAGACUCGGAGGUUGUGGGUGCUGUGGACAUCCUCCUCAACCACAGACCAAGACGCUCCUCCAAGCCUUCUAUCGCUGUAAGUCCCCUGUUAUUGCAGAAACUGAUGCAGCGGAUCCAGAACCCAGAGUACUCCACCACCAUGGAUGUGGCUCCAGUAAUCCUGGCAGCACACAGAAAUAAUUAUGAGAUCCUCACCAUGCUGCUAAAACAGGACAUCUCCCUCCCGCGGCCUCACGCUGUAGGCUGCGAGUGCAUGCUGUGCAAUGCUAAAAACAAGAAGGACAGCUUAAGGCACUCCAGGUUCCGACUCGACAUCUACCGCUGCCUGGCGAGCCCCUCCCUUAUCAUGCUGACCGAGGAGGACCCCAUACUACGAGCAUUUGAGCUCAGCGCAGACCUGAAGGAGCUCAGCCUUGUCGAGGUCGAAUUCAGGAAUGACUACGAAGAGCUGGCGAAACAGUGCAAGAUGUUUGCCAAGGAUCUUCUGGCUCAGGCUCGAAACUCUCGAGAGCUGGAAGUGAUUCUCAAUCACACCUCCAGCGACGAUCAUGUUGACAAGAGGGGCCUGCUGGAGGAGCGCAUGAACCUUAGCCGGCUUAAGCUGGCCAUCAAGUACAACCAAAAAGAGUUCGUGGCUCAGUCCAACUGUCAGCAGUUCCUCAACACCGUCUGGUUCGGAGAGAUGGCCAGCUACCGACGGAAGCACACCUGUUUGAAGAUGGUCACGGUCCUGAGCCUGGCACUGCUCUGGCCGCUCCUCUCCAUCUGCUACCUGCUGGUGCCCCGCUCCCGAGUCGGCCAGAUAAUCCACACGCCGUUCGUGAAGUUCAUCAUCCACAGCGCCUCUUAUUUCACCUUCCUGCUGCUGCUCAACCUGUACUCUCUGGUCUACAAUGAGGGCAAGAAGAACAUGAUGGGCCCCCCACUCGAGAUGAUUGAUUACCUGCUGAUCCUCUGGAUAAUAGGAAUGGUGUGGUCGGACGUGAAACGUUUAUGGUACGAAGGGCUGGAAGACUUUCUGGAAGAGUCCAGAAACCAGCUGAGUUUUGUGAUGAAUUCGCUCUACCUGGCAGCCUUCACUCUUAGAAUAGUUGCUCAUAGCAAGUUCAAAAAUUGCAAAAAUGAAACAGACACACUAGACAGGAAGGACUGGGACGCCUUCCAUCCCAUCCUGGUUGCCGAGGGCCUCUUCGCCUUCGCCAACGUUCUGAGUUACCUGAGACUCUUCUUCAUGUACACCACCAGCUCCAUUCUGGGGCCACUUCAGAUCUCCAUGGGUCAGAUGCUGCAGGAGUUUGGGAAGUUUCUGGGCCUCUUCCUGCUUGUGUUGUUCUCCUUCACCAUUGGGUUGACUCAGCUCUACGGAAAAGACCACGCUAAAGACACAAAGGACCAGAUUAACCAAACCAAGGACUGUGAGGGCAUCUUCUGCCAGCAACAGAGCAACGAUGCAUUUCACACGUUUAUGGGGACCUGCUAUGCUCUGUUCUGGUACAUUUUCUCCUUGGCGCACGUUGCGCUCUUCGUCACCCGCAUCAGCUACACAGAGGAGCUGCGCUCCUUUGUUGGUGCCCUGAUCAUAGGCACCUACAACAUCGUGGUGGUCAUCGUGCUGACCAAGCUGCUCGUGGCCAUGCUCCAUAAAAGCUUCAGACAAAUUGCUAAUCAUGAGGAUAAGGAGUGGAAGUUUGCACGGGCCAAACUGUGGCUCAGCUACUUUGACGACAAGUGUACCCUGCCCCCUCCUCUCAAUGUCCUAACCUCGCCAAAAACCGUUUGCUACCUGGUGACCAGCAUGAGAAAGUGGAUCUGCUCUCACACCUCAAAGGGCAAAGUGAAGAGACAGAACAGUCUCAAGGAGUGGAAGAACCUGAAACAGAAGCGUGACGAGAACUACCAGAAGAUCAUGUGCUGUCUGGUACACCGCUACCUGACCUCCACGCGGCAGAAGAUGCAGAGCAUGGAUCAAGCCACGGUGGAAAAUCUGAACGACCUACGCCAAGACCUGUCCAAGUUUCGCAACGAGAUGAGGGACCUGCUGGGCUUCCGGACAUCCAAAUACGCCAUGUUCUACCCAAGGAGUUAAAGCGAAAAACAAACAAACAAAAACAGAUUCUUUCCUCUUCCUUCCGUCUUGUUAAAAUCUUUGCUUCAUGUUUAUCUGGGAUUCUCCCAAGCAUGUGCAAAAACUCUGCUCUUUGAAGUCUCUGGGGUCAUUUUAAAACCUGGACCUUUAUUAGAGAAAUAUGUAUUCACCAAAGCCUCAAGACUCAGGCCUCCUAUCUAUUCAGCUAUGUAACCUUUACUUUGUAAAUAAAGAAAGCCAUUCUUUUCAACGGGAAAAUAAAAGAUUUGUGGAAGAUUUGGA